AUGUCCUCGGCGAUCUCCAUGAAGGACGUCCUGUGCAACCAUUAUCAGAAUUUGCUUCCUGUGACUGGAUCCGUUGCUUGCAACAAUUACAUGCAUGCAUUGAUAUUUAUCAGAAUUUGCUGCAUGGAUGAUGCCGUAGCAACAAGGCUAUAUAUAUGCACCAUCGCCGUCCUCCUCGUCAUCCUUGUCUCGUCCGACGCUUCCACCCUAGAUCACAUGUGCAAGUUCGUCGACGCAACCAACAAGGACAUCGGCUACGACUACUGCAUCAAGUUCUUCCAAGCCGACAAAGCUAGCGCCACCGCCGACAACCGUGGCCUCGGCUACAUCGCCACGAAGCUCAGCCGCGCAGCAGCCUCGAACACCCUCAAGCGCAUCGAUACCCUCAUGGCUUCCGAGGGGGACAAGAAGAUCCAUGCGCGCCUCUCUGACUGCCGCGUGCUGUACUCAGCCGCGGUGAACUUGCUCAAGGUGGCGGCGAACCUCAACGCCGUGAUAUCGGACACCGAGACCUGCGAGAAUGGGUUCCGCGUGCUAGGCGUGACUUCACCACUGGCGGCCGAGGACGCCGUGUUCACCAAGGACUGCUCCAUCGCCCUUAUUAUAACGAGCACGUUCUGGUAGCUAGCAUGGCCAGCCCCCGUGGAUGUGUAGGUGAAUCUCGGUAACAGCUCUUGCUAGGAGGAGUCCAUGAUCAUUUGGAUCGAUCAAUAAACUCUUGGAGCCCACGAUUUCAGAUCAAUGAUUUUGAUAUUCUUUAUACAUACUUUGUUGGGAAAAUCUAACGAGUGGCAUGCGCAUCCUCGUCCUCCCAUGCGUCGGGGAGCUGUGAUCCGUGCGGACGCAUCACAUGGGUGCGGUCGA